AUGAUAUUUGAUCGAUAUUCUUCCUUAUUCCUACUUCUGAUCUUUCCUGCAAACGCCACAAUGGGGUGGAAGGUUUUGGUGAUUAUUGCUCUUCACGCAGUCCACACACAUGCGGCUUCCCGAGCGCAAUGGCUCGGUCGGUCCGUCUACCAGGUAGUCACCGAUCGCUUUGCGCGAACCGACAACUCAACCACCGCGUCGUGCGAUGCAGGCCUGGGAGAAUAUUGUGGUGGCACCUUCCAGGGCAUCAUCAACCGACUGGAUUACAUCCAGGACCUCGGAUUCGACGCGGUGUGGAUUUCCCCUGUGCAAAGCCAGGAGUCGAAACGCACGGCAGAUCUUUCAGCCUAUCAUGGGUACUGGCCUAACGACCUGUAUUCCAUCAAUUCCCAUUUCGGCACUGCGGAUGACCUCCGUGCGUUAUCGGCCGCGCUGCACGCGCGCGACAUGUUUUUGAUGCUGGAUGUGGUGGUUGGGGACAUGGCUUGGGCAGGGAAUGCCUCCACGGUCGACUACAGCACGUUCAAUCCGUUCAACGAUAAGAAGUAUUUCCACGACUACAAGCUUCUUUCCAAGGACCUGGUGAACCACACGUGCGUUUUAGAUGUGAGUCUCUCAAUUCAUGCGACAAGCGCAUUGCUAAGCUUUGAUCAGUGCUGGAUGGGAGACGAUGUCCUAUCGCUUCCAGAUCUGCGAAAUGAGGACAAGGAAGUGCAGCAGAUGCUGGGCGACUGGGUUUCAGAGCUGGUCUCCAACUACUCCGUCGAUGGCCUGCGAAUCGACAGUGUUUUGAACAUUGCGCCCGACUUUUUCGCCGAUUUCACCAAAGCGGCGGGUGUUUUCACGAUGGGCGAAGGAGCGACGAGAGACGCAUCCGGGUAUUGUUCUCUACAGCCCGACAUCAGCGGGCUUCUGAAUUAUCCGCUAUACUAUAUCCUCUCAGAGACCUUUAAUACAACCCACGGAGAUCUAGACAGGGUGGUGCAGUCUAUUGAUCACACCAGAGAGCAAUGCGACGACGUGAUAUCCCUGGGGACGUUCACGUCGAACCAGGAUGUCCCUCGCUUUGGCUCUUAUACUUCUGAUAUAUCGCUGGCUCGCAAUAUUCUCACAAUCAGCAUGCUCGCUGACGGAAUCCCCAUCUUCUAUUACGGGGAAGAACAGCACCUCACAGGCGGAUUCAACCCUGUCAACCGGGAGAGCCUCUGGCGGACCAAAUACUCGAUGAAAUCGACCACGCUCCCUUCGCUAGUCCAGUCAUUGAAUCGCAUACGAUCCUACGCGAGCAGCGACGGGAAAAAGUCCACGGUGACCCCGAAAUCAGGAACCGACUAUCUCUCGUACCUCUCCCUGCCGAUCCAUAAUUCCACCAACAUCCUGGCCAUGCGCAAAGGGUUCCGCGGAAACCAGGUAGUGAGCGUGGUGUCUAAUCUGGGAGCCAAACCAGCGAAGAAUGCGACCACUAAGAUCACGCUUGGAUCCGACGGCACUGGGUUCUCGUCGAAGCAGAAUCUGACCGAGGUUCUUUCGUGCAAAACCGUGGUGACUGACUCGAAGGGAAAUCUCGAUGUCGAUCUCAGCUCAGACGGAGGGCCUCGGGUGUACUAUCCUACUGAGAGCCUCAACCGGAGCUCUGUUAUUUGCGGGAAUCAUACCAAAACAUCCGGAUCCUCUGCAGGGAGUCCGAGUGCUUCUCCCGGUGCUGGGAUCUCGUUGUUCGGCUUGUCGUGGGGGGUAACACCCAUUGCCACGGCUGCAUUGACUAUGUCGUAUAUUUUCAUUUGA